AAUGGUGAUAGUUAUGCUGAAGUUAGUAUACCUGGCACCUAUAAAAGAAAACUUUGUGGUUUAUGUGGUAAUUUUAAUGGUUUUCCACAAGAUGAUUUAAGAACUAGAUUAGGACAAAUAACUAAUUCACCUGCAUUGUUUGGUAAUAGCUGGAAGGUGAGAAUCAAACUAGAUUAUUAUUCGUGUAAGGAUGCUAAAGAUAUAGAUCCUUGUAUUAAAGCUGGAUAUAGAGUCAGGAAGGUAGCUACCACCAGAUGUGCUGUUAUAAAGAGUAAUGUGUUCUCAAGAUGUCACAGAGCCAUAUCACCAGAACCAUUCUUUGCUUCCUGUGUAUAUGAUAUGUGUGUUUGUAUGGAUAAUCCAGACUGCCUAUGUGAUAUACUAUCAUCUUAUGCACAUGUUUGUGCUAAGGCUGGAGUCAAAGUUCAAUGGAGAACCAAUAAUUUAUGUGCCUUUGAUUGUCCUGCUAACAGUGGGUUAGUUUUUGAUGAUUGUGGUCCAGCUUGCCCCAGAACUUGUGAGAAUAUGAAUACACCAUUAGGAAAUGUUAGUGAAAAUUGUUUUAAACCCUGUGUAGCAAGUUGUCAAUGUGCUGCCAACCAAGUUUUAAAUAAUGGUAGAUGUAUCGACCCAAAAGAUUGUCCAAAA